ACCGUCCCCUGUUCCAAGAUGGCGCUGCCGGUGCGGUCUAAACUUGUGCGACAUGUGUUGCUCAGGUUCUCCAGGAGCUUUCAGCGAGUGCACCGAAGGUCUCUCUGCGAUGGCGGCGCGUCGGAAAACAAGGCGGCAGCGCAGCGGGUGUUCUCCGGGAUCCAGCCCACGGGGGUCCCCCACCUGGGCAACUACCUGGGCGCCCUGGAGCAGUGGGCGUCCCUGCAGGAGCGCUACCCGGUGGUGCUGUACAGCGUGGUGGACCUGCACGCCAUCACCCGGCCGCAGGACCCGCGCGCUCUCCGCGCCAACAUCCUGGACAUGGUGGCCAGCCUGCUUGCCUGCGGCGUGGACCCGCGCAAGGCUGUCCUCUUCCAGCAGUCGCAGGUGCCCGAGCACGCCGAGCUUUCCUGGAUCCUCGGAUGCUUGACCAGCAUGCCCCGCCUCCGCCACCUGCCGCAGUGGAAGAUGAAGAGCACGCAGAAGAACGAAGGCAGCGUGGGCCUGUACACGUAUCCCGUCCUCCAGGCUGCCGAUAUUCUCCUCUACAAGUCCACGCACGUCCCCGUGGGCGAGGACCAGGUCCAGCAUCUGGAGCUGGCCCAGGACCUGGCUCGCAUCUUCAACGCGCGUUACGGCGAGCCACUCUUCCCGCACCCCCGCGCCUUGCUCAGUUCCACCCGUAAGGUGAAAUCCCUUCGCGAGCCCUCCUCCAAAAUGUCCAAGUCGGACCCCCAGACCAUGGCGACCAUUUACAUCACGGACACGCCGGACGACAUCGCCCUGAAAAUCCGGCGCGCCGUCACCGAUUUGACCUCGGAGGUGACGUACCACCCGGAGACGAGGCCCGGCGUGUCCAACCUGGUCAGCAUCCACGCCGCCGCCGCCGCCAUCGAGGUGGACGAGGCCGUGUCGCGGGCCCGGGGUUUGGACACGGCGGCGUACAAGAAAGUGGUGGCCGAGGUGCUGGUCCAGAGGCUGGCGCCCGUUCGCCAGCGGCUGCUGCGGCUCCGGGCGGAUGGCGCCCACUUGGAGGCCGUGCUGGACGAGGGGUGUCGCCGAGCCAGGGAGCUGGCAGCCCCCACCAUACGGCAAGUCAGGAGAUUGGUCGGAUUCACUUGAAGCGCUUGGAACUGGGAGCGGCCCAUUGGUCCUUCUCCUUGCCUCUAAUUUUCUUUGUCUCAAACAAAAACAAUAUGUGCCUUUUUUUUCCUCAAAUUCUUUUUCUGCUACAAGGCGUGAAAAGACUAUUGACAGACGGAAUUGGAACAGAUGGCACCUGGUCUUUUUUUUUUUUACAUUUUUUAUUUCCUGUCUUUGAAAUGUUUUAUUUUUCUGCAUUCUUUUUGAAUGCAUGGCGGUCACAAUAAGUAUGAGCCAUUUUCAAAUACUAAAUUGAAAUUGAAAUACGUUUUUCAACCAAAGUCAGACGGUUGGCGGGCGGGCAAACAUGGCACGGGCAUCUGUGGCUCAUUCACUUUAUGCCUUUGCAGGGAUUCAUUUUCUUUUUUUUCAUUCAAGACUCCAAUUGGCAGAAAUAAUAACAAAUGUCUGAAUAGUCAAUGUUUUCUGUUUUGUUUUGUUUGUACUUACUUUUCUGCUGAUUAUUUCCUCCGCAAAACGUCUUUUCCUCUCUUCUUCUUUUCCCUGAUCAUGAUUACAAAAAUGAGCAAGUCAUAUUUAAAAACGAUAAAUUAUUAUUAUUAUUGGGUUUGGUUUGUAGUUUCUGACAGACUUUUUCUGUUUGAUGAAAAUGUCAGACAACAGCUCACAGAUGGCCAUGACAUUUAUGGCCCCUGCGUGGUCCAUUUUUUAUGACAUCACAGACUAAAUCAUGGUGUUUUGAAUCAAACCAUUUGAUGUGUCUUCAUAUUUUUCCUGGUUAAGAAAUACAAAAUAAGCCAUGCGAUGCAUUCAAAUUCUAGAAUAUGUUAUGUCCAAAACUCACAAUUUUCACAUGCAUUGUUCUGAUUCAUAAAUAAAACAAAACGCAUAGUUAAGCACCUUUCAAUUUUUGUCUCAACUAGGAUGCAAAUGUGAACAUUAAAUGUAGACAUAGUUUACAUGCAUACAAAGUAGCCCAAAAAGGAACCAUCCGAAGUUUUCGCCAACCCUAACCCUUUCUUUUUCUUCAUUUCCACCAUUUUCUUGCUACGCUUUUAUAACCCCCCUCGACACACACACACACACGCACGCGCACACACACAUUCUGUGUUAACCGCCCCCUAAAUAAGGUCAUUUUCGCACCCUUUUAAAAAAUCAACGUAAAAUGAAAGAACAUGCGAAAAGUACUAUUUAGUUCAUUUUAGUCGAUAAUAAACCAAAGGCGUUUUAUGAACACAAAAAGUCACCAAGCACGCUGAACAAUAAUGAAAGCGACCUGCUUUAUCCUGCAAAACAAAAAUGACUGCAUGAUUAAAAGCAUUUUGUAGAAAAAAAAAACCUACAUCUCGUUACUUUUGUGCACACAAAA